AUGCGGGACACGGGCAUCAGUGCUCCAAUCGCGAAAGACCUGACGAAGAUAGCAAACAAUCACCAUGUGUAUCGCGCAUCCAAAUCAAAUGAAGAUAGCCGAAGUUUGGACUUCAUUCUACGAAAUGGAUUAGCCGGAGGUGUCGCAGGCUGCGCUGCCAAAACUAUUGUCGCCCCAUUGGAGAGGAUCAGGAUCCUCUUCCAGACCUCCCACUCCCAGUUUGUGCAGUAUACGGCCCACUGGAAUGGUUUAAUUAAAGCCGCCAGAGACAUUCGAAUGUCGUAUGGUAUGCCUGCGCUUUUCAAAGGCCACUCGGCAAGCUUAGUCCGUGUCUUCCCAUAUGCCGGCAUCAACUUUCUCACAUACGAACAAUUCCGAGCAAAAAUUAUCCCAUCUCCCGACAAAGAAGCACCGUGGCGUCGUUUUUUGUGCGGAAGUAUGGCCGGUGCAACCUCUACUAUGGUCACAUAUCCCCUUGAGUUGAUUCGUACACGACUUGCCUUUGAAACGGUGCAAAAGAAUCCCUCGUCCUGGCUCGGUAUCUCUCGGAAAAUAUACUUUGAAAGAGGCAGUGGGAACUUGUCAAAUCUCUAUCGAGGAAUCGCCCCGACUAUGCUAGGCAUACUUCCGUAUGCUGGCACGUCAUUCCUCACCCACGAUUUACUCCGAGACUGGCUUCGCACGCCUGCCCUUGUACCCUACACUCUAGAAACGCCAUCUUCUACUCGACUAACCGCAAUUGCGCAGCUUUCUUGUGGAGCAGUUGCUGGUAUUGUUGCUCAAACAAUUUCUUAUCCAAUUGAUGUCAUUCGACGACGAAUACAAGUCGGAAAUGUGGAUCAUGCCGAAUCAGGCAUUUUCCAGACAGCCCGUCGUAUCUUGCUGGAGAGAGGAGUGAGAGGUUUCUAUGUUGGGCUGACCAUUGGCUAUGUGAAAAUGGCUCCCAUGGCGGCGACAAGUUUCUAUGUCUAUGAUCGGAUGAAGCGAUUUCUGGGCCUUAUUAAGUAG